AUGCAUCAUCUCCCACAGUAUGGCCGGACUGCAGUACACUAUGCCUGCGAUCAAGUCCAUGUCAAGGUGUUGGAGAUGCUGGUGGAGCAUGGCGCUGAUGCAAAAGCCAUGGACGACGUCAGUACCUCCCACUUGCUCUUCCGUCUUAUGAUGUAUGGCCGGACACCACUGCACUAUGCCUGCCAUACCGGUCGUGUCAUGGUAGUGUUGAUGCUGUUGGAGCAUGGUGUCGAUGCAAAAGCGCAGAACAAGGUCAAUACUUCCCUCUUUCCCAUUAACCUCCCUCUGCUGGGCGGCCGAGCACCACUGCACUAUGCCUGCUAUAACGGCCAUGUCAAGGUGGUGGAGACACUGUUGGAGCACGGCAUUGAUGCUGAAGCCAAGGGCGAGAGAGGGGAGACGGCCUUCGAUGCUGGACGUCGACGUGGGCAUGCCAACAGGCUGGAGCCCGUCUUUGCUGCUCACGAGGCUCGCCUCGCACAGUUGUUUGCCUGGCUGCCGCCCUUGCCCAGUCCUGCACCGUGCCUUGAGACGACAGCCGCUGUUGUGGUGUCGGUGGAAGGCUGGCUCAGACCGCUCCUGCCCGAGCAAUCCACCACUCACCCCCUCCCGCACCUCGAUGCCUUUAUCAGCGGUGCCAUCAAGCGAAACUCUAAUCUCGCAGCAAUGGUUACGAGGAUCCAGAAAACCAUCGAUGAAGCUCCACCAGACUAUCUUGCCUUGGACUGGCCUGCCUUCAAAGCGACCAUCACCCGCGCCCUCGGCGUCCUCGACCAAGCAGUGCAAGUUCCCGAAGCGCUAAAGGGCUGCCUCAGCCAGCUGGACCCCAACAUUGACAAUCUAGAAUCGGUACUUGAAAAGAUGCAAAGUCUAACAGAGCAGAUUGAGCUCCAACCAGUAUAUCUUGAACUCCAGAACAUCUUGGCAAAAUGUCCCGCUCCAGCCACCGCGCCCACGACUGCGUUUGAGACGCCACCCACCGACUUUGCAGCAGCUCUGGGCAAACUCGUCAUGCUGCACAAUGUGAAACCCGAGCGCCAAGAACGGCUUACCAGCACUGAUACCAAUAUCAAGCGGCGGGUGCUGGCAUUGAUUGAUGCUCUGGACGCCGUGGCAAGGGCGGCCCUGUUGCAGCAGCUGCAGGAUAUGAUCGACUGGCAGGCCAAGACGCUGUCCGUGCUGACUGCAUGCAAAGAAUAUGCAAGCGACAUCACGCAGAGCAGCGCAGAUCAAGUUGUAUCCAUUUAUGAGGAGGUGGCCGAGCUGCAGAAGAAAAUUCAAGCAACCACAGCAUUCUUGGCUUUUGUGUCAGACGACAUGCGAGCUGGUAUACAAGCCAACCUGGAUGAAGAGAAGGAACGACUUUCGACGUUGCAGCAGCAGCUAUCGAAGGCAACACAGGUGGACCAGGUGGCAGCACUGGCAGAGCUACUGCACCAACACUUUCCGGCCCUCUUGAUCUUUUUGCACCCUGAGCACAGUGCAUUGGGUGUACACCUCCGCAAAGUACUUGGCCCCGACCUUCCAGCCAGUCUGAUCUUGGAGGCCAUGACCGAAGUGGACCAAGUGUUGACGCUCUCCUGCCUGGGUCAGCUUGAGCUCCAUUACAACCAAAACCACAAGGUGUACAAAGCUCGUGCAGCGCUGCCAAAUCGGCCUGAGCAAGAACAGGAUUUGGCUGUCAAGGAGUAUGCAUUUGCCCAGCAACACAAGCAAAAUCAGUGUCGGACGUUUCUGCGCGAGCUUCGCGCCAUGCGCCAGCUUGAGCAUCCAAACAUCGUUCCAGUCCUCGGUGCGCUUGUGGGCGUGCAUGAUGGCCACCCAAGCGCCUAUCUGGUGCAGCCGUGGUGUACACAGGGGGAUCUGCAGCAGUGGCUCGGCAAGGCGCGGCAUCUGGCCACCUCGACCGUCGUUGCGAGUUUGAUGACGCAGCUGCGCAUGGCCCUGGCGUUUAUGCAUAGCAAGGGCCUGGUGCAUCGGGAUGUCAAGCUGAGCAAUGUGAUGCUGGACGGUGACGAGGACCAACCUGUUGUGCGGCUCGGCGAUUUCGACAUUACCAAGGCGGCUGCCGAAGCCACUAUGCUACCAUGCACAGCCACUGCGUCGUUGGGCACGGCAGGCUAUGUAGCACCGGAGGUGCUAUUUGGAAUGGGUCGUGUGGGCGCACGCCCGGCACAGGAUGCCUUUUCCUUUGGCUGCGUUCUCUACAACACGUACAUGUUUCCACAGACGGUGCCACCUGUUCGUUUGCCCACAGACCAGCUUGCCGAUCAAUGCAGAUGGGAUGCAGGGGCAGGAGGUGCAGAAUGCAGUUUUCCGCACUUGGCGGCUGAGAUGUGCAAUUCGACGAGCGAUUUGUACAAGGAAACACGGGCCUUGCUUGCAACAGAUCCAAAGCAGCGGCCAAGUCUCUUGAGCGCCGGACAAAGAGUGCAGCGACCUGUCACGACUCAAGCUGUUGGGCCAGCUAUCGACGUUUUGCGCGACGCACCCGAGCUCAUCCCAGAGGUGGUUGAGCUGCUACAGCAGCUGAGUGCUGACGGGCGAGAGCCAAGCAACAUUGCAGUGCGGUGGGUGGAGCGUGUGCAGAACCCCGUGCUGUGGGAACGGUACAGCGCCAAGCGAUGGGAGAUACUGCACCGCAUUACAAGUCAGGAGCACUAUGAUCAACUUCAUACGGCCACAAUUGUGCGCCUGGGCUUUGACUAUCGUUUCGCUGGUCGCAGCUCAGGCCACAAUUAUGGACUUGGUGUUUACUUUGUUUACUUGGCCGAUCAUCCCGGCAAGAGUCACCAAUAUGCGACGCCCGGAGCAAACGGCGAGCGUAUGCUCAUUAUUACGCGGGCCCUGUUGGGCCGUGCCUAUGUCCAUCCUUCGCCUCCUUUCGGGGCGCUGGCUCCCCCGCUGCUGCCCGAUGCACCCAACAACGAGCGAUUUGAUUCUGUCAUUGCUACACCGCAAGUUACGUUUCGCGAGGUGAUCAUGUUCGACAAUGCCCAGAUUUACCCCGAACUAGUCGUCUACUACACUGCCUAG